CUGAAUUUCGAAUGACGCAGUGCUUUUGUUGCAUACAAAGCACUGUGCGGGAAGGUAAUUGUUGAACGUUUUUUUCCAGGAUUUUAUUAUGGCAGUAUGGUUAUUAUUAUAUAAAUAAUUUAAUUUUUCGUUACGCGAGAUUUAUUGAAAAGCAAUAAUAUAUAAUAAGUGUACUAAAUAUUAUAUAUAUAUAUAUAUAAUAUUUGAACGUUUUUUUCCAGGAUUUUAUUAUGGCAGUAUGGUUAUUAUUAUAUAAAUAAUUUAAUUUUUCGUUACGCGAGAUUUAUUGAAAAGCAAUAAUAUAUAAUAAGUGUACUAAAUAUUAUAUAUAUAUAUAUAUAUCUAUUUAUUUAUCUAUAUACAAAAAAAUUUUGUCCCGUUUUCGUUAUUUUCAACAAAUUAAUGCUACCCAUGAUUUUUACAUAUCGUGUGUCCAAACGCAUGUAAAAAACUUGGUCUGUUGGAUGUGCCCUCAAAAUUGUAAGAUCUCGAUUUUUCGACCGAUUUACAAUCAAUAAUUAUUUAGCAAAAUUAAGAAGUAUUAAAAGCUCCGUGACCAGAAGGUGGGACAAGAUUGCGGCUAUAUACUCUUGUAAAAAUAUCAGUAUGGUAUACUUCAGUCACGCAGUCUACUCGCGUCGUUCGAGCGUAGUAGAGCUUUUAUUUGUUUUCGCGCGCCGCGCUCGAGAGUUAAAAAUAUAUGUUAUAAGCCAGCGCCGAUUUUUCGGUGCUUCUUUUUGAGCUUUCGCUCAGCGCUUCGACAGACUACGUGAAAGUGAAAAAAAAGUUUAUUAUGCGCUGAGCUUGUAUACGGAGGUUUGAUUAUUUUUGUUCUUUUUUUUUUGUUUUUUUGCUCUUUGAAUUCUUCGACGGAGCUUUUAUUCUCGCUUCAUGCUUUCGAAUCGUUCCACAAACCCCAAACUCUACAGGCUUGUAUAUAUAGGUCAGAACAAAUGAUGCGAAAUAUCAAUAGUCGCCGUUAUGUUUACGGUUUUGAUGAAAAGCGCGUCAAUGGCGUGUAUAAAUAUAGCAUAGCAGCAUUAGAGCCGUCAGCGCGAAAGCUCGAGUUAACGGACUCGAGGGUGGUUUAUUCCACAGUAGUCGCGCUUUUCUAAAUUAUAUAAAUAGACUUUGACAAAGGACGCGCUCGCGAGCGUCUGCUCUCUGUCUGAGCCGAACACGUUCUCUCUUAUACUUCCAGACACUCGACGAGUGACGUAUGUAUAGCUAUAUGUAUAUAUAUACGGAUAGUCAACGACGACAUGAUAAUAAUAAUAAUAAUAGUGAGACAAUGGGCGCGCGCGCGGACAACUCAAUUCGCGGCUAAUUGACGCUAAUUUUCAUAUUGGAGGGAUUUUUUAUCUUUUUGAUUGAUCGAUUGAUGAGAUGCAGCGUAAUUAGGUUGACGGCUGCGGAGGAGGAGAUUUUAAGCUUCUCGUGAUGUUUGCGAAAAUCUUUUCUUUAGUAUGGAAAAGAAAAUUCAAUCCAAUACAUAGUUUCGAAUUCAUAGCCAGUGUGCCAAAAUUAUAUAAACUAUCCAAUGCUUCUUGUUUAUCGGAAAAUCUACUACCAUUAAUAAAAGCUCAUUCAACGUUCGUUCCACAAAGGCGAAUGCCAAAUAGCUGCCAAAACAAACUUAUGAGAGAAAAGUUUUCGGCCAGCAUUAACGUUCGAAAAUGUCUACCAGCACAUAACACCCAUAUCUGUAUAAUUUAAAAAAAAAGCUCCGCAAGCUCACACGAAUGUUGCUGCUAAAUCCGCGAUAAAAAGAUCCGCAAGCUCGUCUCUCUCUUCGCUCUUUCUCUCUCUUUGCGUCAUAUUAAUACCUAUCCCCUUGCGCGCGCACAGCUCCGCCGGCGAAGAGAAAAUAAAUCCGACGGUUCCGCGCGCGCCUCGUCAGCGGGCGAUGCAGCGUGUGCUGAGCUUCCAAAUGGGCCGGGGCUUCGGCGAGUCCAGCGAGUACGUCUCGAAGCGCAUGUGCUUCUCCUUUCUCUUCAGCGUCGGAUUCCUAUGUCUUCUCGGUGGUUUUCUGCUCGGCCGUUUCGCCACCGAUCAGACCAUCAAGAUGCGCGAACGGCGCAUCCUCGACGAUCUGGCCGGUAACGGGCUGCUCGUUACCAAGGAUCUACAGCUCCAGAUAGUCGAUCUACUCAACGCCAGUGUCUUCCAUGAGAACUACACGAUGGACGCAAGCGUGGAAACUUUACGGAAACAGGGCGUCGAGAGGCUGCGCGACGUCUUCGCGGACUUGAGCAUUUUUCGACUGAACGUCAACGAGACGGAGACCAGCCUCGUCGCAACUAUCUGCGGCACAGUGGAGCAAGACAGAUACGUGGUUUUAUCGGCGAGUGGCGAAGGCUUUGAUGUCGCCAUUAAACUGGCCCAGAUUCUCGAUAAUAUUUACCGUACCAAAGGCUGGGAACCAAAGAGAACAUUGAUAUUCUGCGUUUUCUACGGCUCCACCGACUACUGCGGCAAGAGAUUUUUGAAUCGCGUCAAACCCGACAUCGCAGCUUACAUAGCCGUUCACGGAAAUGCUGCUAGAGGAACGGAAGAUAUCGUCGUUUCCGGGUCGGGUAUGGUUCAGGCGACGAUACUGGAUGCGCUGAACGAGAUCAAAUUUUACCAUCGACUGGACAACUCGUUCAAGGCGAAACAAUCGCCGAACUCACUUCCAAGACUGAAUCUUGACGUGCCUCACGCUGUGCUGUCGUUUGUAAAUCCGAGUUCGAAUCUGACUACGGAGGAGGUGGAGCUGAAUCAGAAGAUUCUGGCUCAAAUCGUCGCGCUGUCUAUGUAUCGUUUCUCGGAGGAGAUUUUCUUCCAAUGGGAGCCAAACUACUUCAACGAGAUCAUGAGCAAAGCUCUAGGUUUGAUCAAGAGUGAAGAACUCAAGGAGACCAAGGACCAUCUCAAUCAAACGGUUGCAAUGUUCAACCAUAGUUUGGUGGAAUUCAACCAGAAACUGAAGGACACAUACGUUUUGAAUGCUGUGGAUGUACGCAUGAUGAACGAUAGACUACUGGAUCUGGAUCGUGCAUUGCUCUGUUCUGACACAAAAUUACGCUCCAUAACUGACUUUGUGCAGUUCAUGAGGUUUCCGCACGAACCUGCUCACACUGUCAAAAUGGAUUUGAACAACAUAAUCGACUGCUACAAGGCAGCCACAGAAAUCAUACUGGAGCAAGCGUACUGCAGGAGGAUAUUCAAAGACCUUGUAGAAUUCUAGUAUAUAUGCAAUGUGAUUGAAACCAUGUGAUCUUCUCUCGGCGUCACACUAUAUUCACAGCACCAAUUUUGGACUUCCAACCUCGUAUAAAUCAUAAUAAAUAUAUAUUUAUAUAUUA